CACAGGAAUUGUUCGCAGGAGUCGCGUAUUUCGCAGGCGUGCCGGUUUCUUUCUUUCUUUCCUAACCGGUUUGGUGGAUUAUCUCAUUUUUCUCUGACGUGGUCGCUCCCUGUCAAGUUUAUCCUCCUUGCUAUUCUGGGUCCUUCUAGUUCUCGUUCUGCGCUCGCGACCCCCUCAACCACCCCCCCGCCUUCCUAUAUAUCCUCCCCAUUCCAACUCUCUUUGGAUAAUUUCCUCCUCUUUCUUUCUGGUUGUCCUGCACUUGAAUCAAAUGGAAGUUACAGGGGGUUAAGACUUGCUGGUUUUUUAUGGCCUUGACUGAUAUUUGGGCAAUGUGUGGAGAAACAGACAGCGUUUGUUUAGAAAGUAUUCUGCGUAGAAUAACUGGACCAAACCACAGUAAGAAAAAAACUUCUGGCAUGGAAUUUGAAUCAGACUGGACAAGACACAGAAAAUCCUCGGCAUUUGCAGCUCAAGUGAUUCGGUCAGCAACAUCUUUUAUGCCUUGGUCUUGCAGAAUCCCUAUAGGUGAAGGAUAUCACGAAUUUCUUUAGUUAACAUCUGCCAUUCAAAUUUAUCGUGACGUUCUUUGGGUGAUAUGGUUGAUCAAUAACAAGAACCAUCUAUAUCUUUCAAGAUUCACAUAACUGUUCAAUUCAGACUAUGCCAGGGUUGUUGAGUGGAAAGAAGAGAACAAAAGUGAAUAUGUGUCUUUCCAAUUCUGUCAAGCAAAAUAUUCCCACUUGUUCGAAAUGCAGUUCACAGUUAUCUUCUCAGGCUGUCGAUGAUCUAGACAGCGCCAUUCUACCUGGGUUGCCUGAUGAUGUGGCAAAGUUUUGUCUUGCUCUUGUUCCUCGUUCCAACUUCCCAGCUAUGGGUCGUGUCUCCAAAAGGUGGAUGUCAUUUAUUCAAAGCAAAGAAUUCAUUACCGAGCGGAAAUUAGCUGGGAUGCUUGAGGAAUGGCUCUAUGUCUUAAUUAUGGAUUCUGGAGGUAAGGAAAGCCACUGGGAGGUUCUAGAUUGUAUGGGCCAGAAACACCGGCUUCUUCCACCUAUGCCUGGUCCCGUGAAAGCUGGGUUUGGGGUGGUUGUUCUUAAUGGCAAGCUUCUUGUCAUGGCUGGCGUUUCUGUGACUGAUGGGACUGGUUCUGCCUCUGCAGAUGUUUACCAAUAUGAUUCCUGUCUCAACAGUUGGAGUAAAUUAGCAAAGAUGAAUGCGGCUCGAUAUGACUUUGCUUGUGCAGAGGUUAAUGGUAUGGUUUAUGCAGUUGGAGGAUAUGGGGUCAAUGGAGACAGUCUAUCUAGUGCUGAGAUGUACAACCCUGAUACUAACAGAUGGACCCUAAUGGAAAGUCUUCGCCGCCCAAGGUGGGGUUGCUUUGCCUAUGGCUUUGAGGGAAAGCUGUAUGUCAUGGGUGGGAGAUCAAACUUCACAAUUGGGAAUUCGAAGUUUGUUGAUGUAUACAACACUGAGAGGCACACCUGGUGUGAAAUGAAGAACGGUUGUGUCAUGGUCACGGCUCAUGCCGUACUGGGAAAGAAUCUCUUUUGUAUGGAAUGGAAGAACCAGCGCAAGCUAGCAAUAUUCACUCCAGAGGACAAUUCAUGGAAGAUGGUACCAGUUCCAUUGACAGGGAGCUCGUGUAUUGCUGGGUUUCGUUUUGGAAUACUGGGUGGAAAAUUGUUGCUGUUCUCUGUCCAUGAGGAACCUGGAUACCGUACUCUGUUGUAUGACCCAAAUGCAGCCCCAGGCUGCGAGUGGCAGACUUCUGAUAUAAAGCCGUCUGGUUUAUGCUUGUGCAGUGUGACGAUCAAGGCGUAAACGAUGUUCUUGAAAGCUGAGGAUCUUCUCAAAUAGUCUUGAAUGUGUCUGAAUGUUUUUCUGGGUCUUUCUCGAUUGUCCGUUUCUUUUCUCGAGUUGUAAGUCUGGUGUUAUAUUAUCGAUUGCACUCAUUGGUUUAAUUUUGUCA